AUGAUUAUUAAUUUUGGUGAUGGAAAAUUUUUUAAAGAAAGUUUCAACUCUACAAAUGACUUAGAUAUAUUAAAAGAAUUUAUAAAAAUUUGCAAUGAAAACAAAGAAAAAGAUUUGGCUGCAGAAUAUUUAAAUGCAGGUGGCAAUAUUUUUGAUAUAUUAAGAUUAUUAAAUACAGCAGAUAAAAAAGAAACGAAUAUUGCUAUAAUUGUGUUUUCUGCAAUAAGGAUAUUAAUAAUAAAAAUAUUAGGACAAUAUCCACAAUAUCAAUCUAAUGCAAAAGAGGCAUGUCGUCAUUUGAUUAAUUCAAAUUUAUCAAUAAUUCAUUCAAUGUUAUCUAUACAAAGUAAUGCAAAGCAACAAAAAAUAAUUUUACAAUUACUUGCUGCAAUAGUUUCAUUAGAUUCAAAUCUAUCACGCGAAUUACUUAUUCAUUUGUCUUUACCAUUAGAAGUUAUUAAAUCUCUUAUACAACAUAGAAAACCUACAGAUAAUGAUAAUAUAAGAAAUUGUUUUAUUCAUUUUAUUAUGGCUUUUUUAAUAGAAGGAAAUGUAUCAAUUAUCAGACUUCUUUUGGAUAAACGUGAUUUGUUUUCUCAUAUAUUUUUUGAUUUAAUAUAUGAUUCCAAAGAUAUUAUUAUUUUAAUUUUAACUACUCUUAAAACUUAUAUUCUUCAAAAUCCAAAUGUUAGCAAAACUAUGAAGUUACAGUUAUUUUCAACAUCAAUUAUUCAAAAUCUUAUAUGUCUUUAUAAUUGGAAGGGUCCAAAUAAUCACCCAAAAUUUAAAAGUUUUAUACCAGAAACACAAUAUCUUGAAGAAAAAGAGGUAGUUAUUGAAAUCGUGCAUGAUUUUUUAAUUAUAUUGUUAACAUCACAUCGAUAUGGCAUUAUUUUUCAUGAUUAUAUGCUUGGUACUUCACAUAUUAAACAUAAUAAUAUAGUAAAUGUAGUACUUCAAAGCUUAGAUCGACCUUGGCAAUAUGAAAAACCAUCAAAUUUAGUUAUUAAAAUAAUGGCAGCAUGUCCAGAUUUAAUUAAAUCUCAAUUUGUUCUUUUGGAACCACAUAUUGAACCCAAAGUGUCAUUGAAAUGGAUUGCAACAAUAAAAUUUAUAAGAGAAAUGAUACAGUCACUAGAUAUAAACACUUGUAAAAAGAUAUGUUCAUUACAAUUAAAUAUAUUGCAAUUAGCUAAUGCAAUAAUACCUCUAACUAUACCAAUAAUAAUUUUGAAACAAGCAAUUGUACCAGCUUUGUCUCAUUCUAAUAUAAUAAUACGACAUGAGGCAAUACUUACACUUACUAGUAUAUUUAAUCAAAUACAAAAAUAUUUAUCAAUUUUAAAAACAAAUUACAAAAAUGAUGAUUUUUGUAUGUUUAAAAAUUUUUUAACAGAGUUUAUAAUGAAGAAUAUACCAAAUUUAAACGUGAUAUUUAAUGUAUGGAAUUCUACUUUCAUAUCAAAUUUAGUUGAAAAUAAUGACAAAGAAAACAUUAUAGAACCAAAUAGAUAUGAACAUUUAACAGCUAUAUUAAAUUUAUUACAUAUGUAUAAUGAAAUAUGUCCAAAAUUACUAGACAUAAUAUCUGAUAUGCAAUGUGAUACAUUUUUAAAUAUAUUAAAUAAAUUAGAAGAUAUAAGUGUCAUUGAAUUCAAUAUUAUAAAAGUAAAAGCUAUUCAUUUUUUAGUCAUAUUAUAUCCUUAUGAGUUUUUUCCACAUAAAAAAUUAUUUAAUAAUGUAUUAUCAUUCUUAAUAUCUAUUUUAAAUGAAGAAGUAUCUUCAACUGCAUUGAAUAUAAAAACAACAAUCCGAAUUUUAUUAAACAAUACAGGAAUGUUUGAAGAAUGUAAUGAUCAUUUGAAUAUUUGGAUUAAUGGUUUUAUAAAUUUAGAUGAUAAAAAAAAGUAAUAAAAUGGUUUAUUCAUAUUAUAAAAGAAGCGGUUAACGAUAUUGAAAAAUAUGUAAAUGAAAUAAUUAAAACUGAAGAAAUUUUUGAUCAAGGAGCAAUUCAUAUUGAUAGAUUUCAAAAUAUAUUUGAUGAAUUAAUGAAUAAGUCUGUUAUUUACGAAAAUUUUGAAAAUAAUAUUUUACAUAUGCAACAUUUUACAUCAAUAUCACCUCUUUUAUGUUGCAUGUUACAUAAAACUAAGAAAGAGUCACAUCCUUCAAUUUUAUCUUAUUUGUCUUAUAUUUUAGUACAUACAUUGCAUUAUCAAGUAAUACCUCAAUGUUUAAUUCAUUUAGCUAAAGAUAUUAAAAAAUUACCAGUAAGAGAAUAUUUAUUAAGUUGGUUAGAAAACAAUGAACCUGUUUAUCUUGAAAAUAUUUCCUCUAUGACUUUAAUAUAUAAAUUAAAUUCAGUAUUUUUAAAUGAUACUGAAUUAC